AUGCCAAAAAAGGGACCAAAAUGGUUGCAUCAACAUCAAUACAAAAAAGGAAGUGUUCCUCACAACAAAGGCCAGAAGAAUACAGGGACCACCAGCCCAGUCCAAUUUCUAGUUCCCAUAAGAAGACUAAGUAAAGAAGAGUUUCGGGACAUUGUACAGCCACAGGAAAAUGGAAUGUUCGCAGUUACAGAUGCCAAGAGCCGAAGCAGUGAGAUGAAGAUUUUGCGACCCGGGCCAAGUGAAGUCCAGCCUGUAGACUCCUACAUGGAAGCUGUGUCAGAUGACCCGAAUUCAAAAUUAUACAAAGUACUUCACCAAGAAAAGACUGCUAAAUUGUGGAACCAUGCAUUUAAAGAACACUCACAUAAGUUUCCAGACUGUGACGGUUCACUGGACUGGAAUCAGCAUGGGGAGGAAAAACGAGGCCUGGCAUGGAUCCUUUCCAUCCGAUGUAAGAAGUGCCACUAUACCAGUCACCGAGAAAAGCUUUACGAAGAGGUGAGGAGAUCUGGAAGGGGCCGAAGAGCUGCACAGCUAAAUGUGGCCAUGGCUGUCGGUCAUCUGGGUACUAGUCUUACAACAGAGGGUAUGCGUGGUAUGCUUCUUGGAGCAAAUAUUGAACCAGCAUCAGCCGCCAACAUGCAACAGACCUGCAACAAAGUGGGGAUUAUUAUCACCAAAGUAAAUAAAAACAGCAUGAAGAAAAUAAGGCAGAACAUUCAAGAACUUAAUGAAAAAUGUGGACUUCCUGAUACCCCUAUCAGAGCGGAAGGAGAUGCUCGGUAUAAUAAUGCCACCUUUAGUGCCAUUGGAAAAACCCCAUUCCAAGCUGCCACCCAAGUGACUUAUACCGUAAGUGAAAAUGUAACUAAGAGGAAAAAUGUUGUGGCAGUGUUCUGUGGGAACAAACUAUGCAAGAAAGGCACACACCUACGAAGCAAAGGAAAGGAAGUUACCUGCCCAGGACACGAAGACUGCACUGCAACCAUUCCUCCGGAGACCACCAUUGGAGAUGAGAAGAGAUGGGCUGCAAACUGUAUCGGGGAGUUACAAAGUGAUGACCGUCCACUCGUCAUUUCCCAUUUCACCAGUGAUGGAGACAGUGCCGCUGCAUCUGGCGCAUCUGUAAAACAAGGACAUGUGAUUGAAAACCUUAAAGACUUGCGUCACUUCUUUGACUCUCAAAGAAAACAGACAGCGAAGGCUCCAUUCAGCAGUCACAUGUUUCCGGGAAGAACCAAAGCCAUAAGAGAAUCCAUGCAGAGAAGAUUUGCCUUAGACUUGAAGCUUCGAUGCAGGACAGAGUACGAGAAUUGCUACAAACACUACUCCGGAGACUUACCUUUGAUGAAGCGGGCUAUGUCUACUGCUGUUGGUUCCAUCAUAAGCUGCUACCAAGGACAGUGCGGAAAGUCCUGUCAACUUCAUUCCUUUUCCUGUCGUGGACUGAAAAGCAAUAAGUGGAAAUCUUCAGUGUUGCCUAGUGACUUUGAAUUAAACAUGACAGAAGAUGACAAAUGUUUGUUAAAAGACUGUAUAAAUUUGACUUUAGGACCAAGUAAUCUUGACAGAAUUAAAUUUCAUACUUGUACACAAAAAUCUGAAUCUGUGAAUAGGGCAUAUUUAAAAUCAAAUCCAAAAUGUAUUACAAGUAGUAGAAAUUUUGAAAGUAGAAUACAUAAAGUUGUGCACUCACUGAAUAGGGGUCAUGGAAACUCAACAUUGGAACUUUGUGAAUCUGUAGGGGCACCUGUUGUAAAAGGAAGUAGAGUUGUCCAUCAUCUAAAACAACAACAAAAUAGGCAAAAUUACUUUAAAAUGAAACAAAAACUGUUAAAAUAUAAAUCUCAAAGAAAAUGCUAUAGAUCUAAAAGAUAUCAGCUGUACGAUAAAAAAUCUAAAGACACUUACUGUAAAUCACUAACAGAUCCAAAAUUAAAAAGGAGGUUGUAAGAUUGUAAAAGGGGGGGGGGGGGGGGGCAUUGAUGC